GGCGCUUAAGACACGCAUUGUUUGCAACCGAUCCUAAUUUCCAGAGAGAGAGAGAGAGAGAUUUCAAUGGAGGUUUCAUCAGAAGCAGAAUGGUCAUCUUCUUCUUCUUCGAAGCUAAGCAUAUACAAAGCAGCUAGAAACAUUAAAAAAAGAGACAACAGUUUAUAUAACGCACUCAGAUCUAUCUACCAAGACUCUGUUUUCGUUUCUGAAAUCUCUGAAUUAUGGCCACAACUUCCUCUUCUUGCAAAUCUUCGUUGUGGCCUUUGGUACUCUUCCAAUUUCCAUUCAACUUGUUACUUCAAAUCCACCGAUGGUCACACCAACAACUGCUCUUUCUCUACUUCUCGUCUCAACCUUCAUGUUGCACAUCUUGCAGAAAGGUGGUUGUAUGAUUGUUGAUUCUACUAGAAGAGGAAAGCGUUUUCCUGAUAGCAUGUCUAAAACUAUACCCAUUUGGACCUGUGUUCUUAAUCGUGCAAUUGCUCAUUAUAGAAGAGAUUUUCAUAUUGAUAAUGCUGCUGCUUCUGCAUUACCACAAAAGAGUGAGGACUUUGUCUCUAAUGGAUGUGGUGAGAUUGCAAGAGAAGAUGGAUCUUGUGAUUGGGAUUGCUCUUUGCACCUUCCUCUUUGGGUUCCUCAAACAGAAAAGGCUUCUAUUGAGGAGCACUUAGAGGAAUGGACUCAACAAUUGAAAGCAAGUGGAGCUGACAUUGCUUCUCUUGCUUCUUCCUUGAAGAAACCGUUACGUCCUCUUUGGAUUUCUCAAAAAACUGUCAUAUGGUUAAAUGAAGUACCUCACCAAGAUUCUUGGGAUUUCACUCCAAUCAUACUUGUAUCUGCUUCUUCUUCAUCGAACAAUGUAAGCCAACACAACAGGACAACCUCUGAGUUUAGUUGGAAUUACAUACCGGGCGCAGGAGACGAUGAAGAAAGUUGGUCUAGGGGUUUAUCUCCACCACUCUUUUGGAAUAAUGUUUAUGAUCUUAUAAACUCAGGUCCUGAAUUAUGUAACCAGAAGGUUGCAGAAAUAGUUGAAAAGAGUAGAGUACGCCGUGCUUAUAAAGGAGAAAAUGCUCCACAAAUUAGAGUUAAAUCACUUUCACAUGAAGAACCAUCAUUGUCUUCCGACAUUACAAAUGUUGAAGUUGAUACACAGGCUUCUGAAGGUUUUGAUAUUUCUUGGUUAGGUUCAACUAAUUUGGCAGUUGGUGCAUCUCAAUUUGCUACAAAUGCGGUUGAUGUUGAUUGCAUAUUGAAUUGUGAUCGCGAGUCCAUCUCUGUCUCUCUUCCCAGUGCUGAAGCAUAUCUACAUCUUCCAAUGGUGGUUAGUAUGAAUUGGAAUGAAAACUUCUUGUUUUUUACUACUAGAAUUUUUCCACUGAUUUUAAUUUUUCAUGGCCAGAGUUCGAAGUUUGAUCGAUUUUCCUUAUUAAACAAUCUUCCUAAAGCUGUGAGCUUCGCAAAGUUAAACCUCAACCAAGGAAAACGUCUUCUGGUUUGCUGUAAUAAUGGGGAAGAUAUUAGUGUAUGUGUUUGCUUAUCAAUUUUGAUGUCAUUAUUCGAUGAACAAGGUACUUUUGAUGAUGGGAACUCCUUCAAUACAACAAAUGUCACUAAAUGGGAUAUGAGGCGACGACUUGUAUUUGUCUGUAAGUUUGCGACAAAUGCUCGACCAUCUAGAGGAAAUUUGAGGCAAGUUUUUAACUUUCUUAUUGGUGGAAAAUGCAAUCUUCAACUUCAGGAGGACGAUGGAAGUGAUGAAUGAUUGCUAGAACAUGUGAAUUUGUCACUCUUAUUGUUCGUUAUUACCCUUGAUUUUUGUAUGCGAAUUUUCUGACAAAUAACAGCAACUGUGCCUCAUAAUGGGUUUUUUCUGAGAAAGAUCAUUAGAC